ACUUCAAAACAUGGUGGCAGCUCAGUAAGUAGGGUGUUAGUUUUGACUAGUCAUUAGAAUUUUCGGAAGCUUAUUAAGCAGGAGUGUUUGAUACAAUUUGUAAACACCAAACCAAUAAGCUUCAAACAAAAUUAAGGAUGACGUCUGAAGAAACGCAGAUUUCGGAAGAAUUGAAGGGUUGUUACGAGAAUCUUAUUGUAAUUGACAUCGGCGCGAAUCUAACAAACAAAAAGUACGGACGUGAUCUCGAUUCAGUUGUGCAGAGGGCAAAAGAUGCAGGCGUCCAAAAAAUAAUGGUUACUGGCACAUCAGUAAGAAAUAGCAAGGAGGCACUUAGAUUAACUCGUCUUUAUCCUGGCACAAUUUAUUCCACAGCAGGCGUGCACCCGCACGACGCGAAGUCGAUGUCGGAGGAGGCGCAGUGGGGCGAGCUGCGCGCGCUGGCCGCCGCGCCCGAGUGCGUGGCGCUGGGCGAGUGCGGCCUCAACUACUCCAAGGACUUCUCCGAGCCGCACGUGCAGCGCCACGUCUUCAACAAGCAGGUGGAAAUGGCAUGCGAACUACAGAAGCCGCUGUUCGUUCACGAAAAAGAAGCUCAAGACGACUUGCUAAAGAUCUUGGACGAGUUCGGAAACCGCCUCCCGCCCGUGGUCAUCCACUCCUUCACAGGUUCAGUGGAGCAGGGGCUUAAGUACAUCGAGAAGGGCUUCUAUUUGGGCAUCACCGGGUACAUUUGCAAGGACAAGUCCGACGGUGGGAUAAGGAGGUUGCUGUCAGAGAGGAUUCUGCCCUUGGACAAGUUGCUCGUGGAGACCGACUCGCCGUUCAUGUACCCCAACAUGAGGGCUUCCAAACUGCCCUUGCACGUAAAGGACUCAUUGACAGAGAGAUCCAUGAAUUUCGUGAACCGCUACUGCACCUUCCAACGAAAUGAGCCGUGUGCCUUGCCCGCUAUAGUGGAGCUUGCAGCCGGUUUCAUGGGCCGCAGUCCUCAGGACGUAGCCUUAGCCACCGCGUUCAACGCACUCAAGCUGUUUGGUCUAAGUCACUGAGGGUCACAACCUCGAAGUAUAGAAUACACCGAGGAGACAUAAGUCUAUGAGUGAGGGUAGUUAGGAUGGAAGCUACUUAGCUAACUCCUCUUGGGGAGGGGAAUUUUUAAACAGCUUUUGCGGUUAAUGCUGAGCUUAGAAAGUGACUAUACAAGCAAGGCUCAGUACUCUAUGAAAAUUAAUUUUAUGUGUACAGUUGAAACAUUGUUGAAGGAAGACGGUAGCAUAAUGCAACCAGCCAGCAUUUAGUCUAAGAUCCUCAAGAUUACAAAGAACUGAAUAUGGUCUGAGAUUUGAAUUGAGUUUUCACUUAGCCACCCUUAGAUUGUUAAAUCUUGCCAUAUAUAAUACUUCUAUGUUAUAAACAUAGUUGUAAGUUGAUUCACUAAAAAAACAUCAUCCCUCCCCAAAAAAGAAGUAUGAUCAAUUUCUUAUAAAAAAAUAUUUAAAGUACCACACUGAGCCAAUUCCUCGGUUGUAUUAAUUUAAUUAAUUUAGAGUCGAUUACAUAGGCGUUUCUACUAACACUGUAUUCGUGCCUUCUUAAUUGCAAUAAGAUAAAUUGUAUUUAUAAUUUAAUGUAAUGUUACCGAAUGGAGAGAUUUAUAAAUUAUUUAUAUUGAUGAAACGGAAUGUCUGUUUCUUCAGAUGUAGAAUGACAACAAUUGAAAACUGAAAUGGCUCGAACGUUUAAAAUACUCAGAAAUCCGUACAACGUGCAUUUCGUGAUGACUGAUAAUAAUUACUUGCUAGUUUGAUGCAAUUUGAGGCUAAGACUAAUAAACAUUCGAAAAUUCUUGCCAUCGAAUAUAAAUAAGACUAACAUAAUGCCUCUAAAUUAAGUAAUUCUAGAUUGGUAUACGAAAAUUAAUUUAUUGUUUAGUGUGGAGGAAAAGGCGGGAACGAUACGCCAUGUUUGAUUUAUCGAUCAUGACAUUCGUGUCAUGAUGGCGGGAAAACCCUCCCGUUAUCUUAAACAAGAUUUGAUUUUGCAAAAUCACAUACAAAGUACGUAAAAUAUACAUUUCAAUUGCGUACCUGAGCGUUUAAAAGUCUAUAAUGCCCUUUUGUUAAGAUAGACUUAAAGCGCGAGGAGCAUAACGAAGCAUUGAUUUUUUUUGUAUGUUGUCUAUGACAUAUUUUUUAUUUAUUUAUUAUUGUGGCUUUUUAUGUUUAAUGUUAGUAUUUGCACGUGCCUUUGAUGUUUAGCAUUGAAUAUGGUGGCAAUGGCUUUAGCAACUUAGUCAGAAUGAUCUCAACUAUUUUACUUGUGUGUAUAGAAAACUUUAUCAAUAGUUGUGCCCGGUGUUUGUACAAAAAUUUCUAGAAUGAGAACUUUUCAUGUCAUCGGAGGCAGCGGUUAGUGACGCAGCUGUUGUCGAGAGCGACUUGACCCUGUACAAUUGUGUAUACUUGCCUAUUUUUUUUUAGUCAAGCUCGACUUGUUUUCGUCAACUGCGUUAUUGACUACUUAUCCUUCUACCGAUUUAUCGCAUACCCUGGGCGGUUGGGCUCAUGCGGUCAACUGCCAUGAGGCAGGCCUGCCACAGUUCUGUUGCCACCGUAUAGGUGUUUAUUUCGCUCUGCGCAGAGCAUUCCUAUUCGAAUUAAUUCUAUUUUCGCAUCGAAUAUUGUAAAUAAUUAUAAUUGUGUAGCUAAAGGUUUAAUGCUGGUAGUCACAACGAAAUCAAAGACUGCAAGUAUUAAAAGAAUAAAUAUUGUGGAUUUUGACAUGUUAAUUAUUAUGUUUUGUAAUGAUAUUUUAAAUUAUUUAAUCGUUUAUUAGAACCGGCUGCGUUCUGGACCGAUAGAGUGAUGUGACAUAAUAUAUUAGAUUUUUGCCGAGAGUCCAAUGCGUGGUCGGAUUAAGAGUAUUGUUAUUGAUUCCUUUAUUUUUGGACAAUCACUUUGUUAAUAGAUGUUAAGGCGCCUAUUGGGAUGUGAGGAUUUACUAAGAAACGCACAUUUAUGGCGCAUACAAGCAAUAAUCUAUAGGCGUCUCGGUGCAGUUCCUAGUAAAUCCUUCCAGAAAUAUUUAUAUACACGAAUCCCGUGGGCGAUGUACUGUAGUGCCUUCGACAGAACGUCCUUUUGUGAUACAAUAUUUUUCUUAGAUUGUACAGAUUAUUACUUUCAAUAAAAAUUCUGAAAACAUUGGCGUUUAUUCAUUUAUCUUUGUGAACACCCUUCCUAUGCUCAAAAAAUAGGCUAGCACGAAUAAUUAAAAAUAAUUCAGUCGUAUUAUUCAAUCAUCGUUGACAUGUCAGGAUUUGUAGAUCCCAAGUUUAUGUGUGACAUAAAAAAGAUGUGCCAAUAGUCUUACUUGUUUAGCAUGUCGUAAAAGACUUCUAAUAGGAUAUUGGGUUUGUGAUUGUAGGCGAUGAACUAGUCACCUAUCACUUCUUUUGCAAUUUACCAUCUAAACCCAUAUUUUUUGGCUUAACAUGGUUACACUGAGCCGCCGCUUUUUACAUAGUCUAAGAUUGCAAGCGUAUCAUUCUAUUACAGUCUAUCAAAAGUCUACCACUGAACAUAUUGCCUCAGUCAGUGGUCUUGGGAUAUUAUCAUCAUUGAUUGUUCGCCUGGUUUAGCUGUCGUCAACAUCUUUUCAUAACUUCGCAAAGGACACAUCAGCAUAUCUUGAACAAUUUUGGGAACCAAAAUUUAAAUCGAAAUAGGUUGUAUGGUCUAAGACCUUUGCCUACAUUAUUGUUACGAUAACAACAACUGCAUGAUGUAUUUGAGUUUGAUAUUUUGAUGAUGUUUUUGGUGGCAAGUGGGAACUUGACCGCCUGUGAGUUUUUGCUUCUGUUUACUCGUUUAAUUAAUAGUUUAAAAUGGAUUUUGAUACAAAAAAGCAUGUGAAUUAGGAAAUAAACGAUGUCCAAGUGCUUCGAUGUGAUGAUGAUAAAUCUCAAGGAUUUUCACCCUUAUAGGCGACUUGAGAUACUAUCGUCAUUAACUGUUGUCAAAUCUUUCAAAAACUGCAUUGUGACGCAUCAGCCUAAUGUAAAGUAAAUAAAAAACACAUCAGAAUAGGCUGUACGGUCUAAGAUUUCUUUGCCCGCCUUAUUUAGCAAGUACUAAAACAUCUAUCAGUGUGACCAUAUGUGGCAGGUUCCUGCCAUUUCGGUAGGAUUGGCCUCUUAUUUUAACCUCUGGCAUGAUCGGUUGACGUUUUAUAAAACCUGGCAGUAUUUGGCAGUAUUGGGGUAUUAAAUUAUGAAUAAUGAAAAAAAAUAGAUUUCAUUAUGGCAAUUUAAAAUGCCGAAAAUGGCAACCCUAGAUACUUCGCCAGCAUGUGGAGUUUUUCCCUGUACUUCUCGUAUUAUGUUUGUAUCACAUUCAAUUUAAAAGUUUGUGUGUAAAGUUUAUAGUCUUAAAAUGAGUAUUCAAAAACACGAGUUUAUGGUUAAUAUUUCAAUCGGUCAUAGAAGAGACGUACUUUAGUUUGAUGUCGCAUUAGAUUUCAUGGUGAUAAUAUCUUUUUAAUAAUAUUUCGUGGACGAUAGCAAUUACAGGUGGUGUUAGUGAAGCGAAAAUAUGAAAGGGCAUAUAGAGCAGAGUGGGAGCAAGAUCCUUUACUUUCGUCGUGGAUCUCCAAAACUAAAGAUGAUCCAGACUGCAAAUUGGCACCCCGGCUGUCCGCUUUAAAGGAGCAUGCCGCUACUGGUAAACAUCAGAAAAAUAUGAGUGGAUUCAGCAUGCGAAAGACUAUGCAUUGCAUUCAAACUAACGAAAUAUAUUAUGUUUAAUUUAAUUUAAUAAAAAUAUAAUAUUU